AUGGCCGCCUUCCGGCAGCUGAAACUUCUUCUCUGGAAGAACUGGCUGGGUGUCAUCAGACAGCCGUUAUGGUCCCUGACCCUGAUCAUCUGGCCUCUAAUCAUCUUCAUCAUUACCAUCGUGACCCGCAACCACUUCCCUGCAGUGAUAAAAGACACAUGUUAUGUCGGACCUCGAAAUCUACCCAGCACAGGCUUCUUCCCUUUCCUGCAGACCCUCAUGUGCACCACAGACAGCAACUGUCAUAAUAAGUCACAUCUGGUGAACCCAGCUGGAUCAAAGUCACAUAGAUCAUCACGGACUGCAAGAUCGACCCUUGAGGGUUCCCCAUUGAUAGACCUGCUUCAAUCGGGAGAUUCUUUCAACUUUGGUUUGUCCAAUGACUCCAGCAACAAUCAUGCAGCAGUUAUUGAGGCCUGGAGCAAUGUCUUGGGUCUAUCUAACAGAGGAAACCCUAACAAUGAGUCUUUCAUGAACAUCAACACUACUCUUCUGACUGAUCAGGGGGCCAUGAACGAUAUGCUGGAGUCAGUGAACAUGCUGAAGAAGGCUUUCUGCUCCAUAGCUCUGCCCAUGGUUAACGCAACAUCACCCAACGCCGCCACUUAUGCUGUGGUCACUUUCUGCAAGUCCAAUGACACUGUGUUUGAAGUUACUCUCCUGACGUUUAACCAGAUUCUGACGCAGUUGAUGUUAACAAAACCAGAUGAGACAAUGACUGUGGCUGGGAUGGCUGUGUUGGUGUUUGAUCAGCUGCAAAAUCAGACUUCAUUGUGGGAGAGCCUUCUAGCCCUUCCCGAGCUCUUCUCUGCAAGCUCUCUUGACGAAGUGCUGAACAACACAGAGACCCUUCUCACCGAUAUACAGGGAGCUAUGCAUGUCAUCCAGAGUAAUUUCCCUGAAGUCAGCGCCUCAGUCUCAGUAGUACAGCCAGUGCUUGUUGGAGGCAUCAACAUGAUCUACUAUCUUAAAAAUUGGCCUGGCAAAGAUGUGUCUGUUGCCCUCGGAGAUGUUGUCACGUUGCAGAAUGACUCACUGAGUGAAAUUGUGAAACGGGUUUUACAAGAUGUCCGCAUACCACUGGAUAAGGCUAUCGGCCUGACUUUGGACAGAUACACGGUGCGUUCCUACUUGUGUGAGAACAGCACUAUGUGGCUAACAGCAGCGUGCACCACUGGCGCAGUGGACAUGGUUCUGGGCUGGAUCAGUCCUGACAAGGUGGCCAAGCAGACUCUCCUGGCAUGGAGUAAAGAUGUUGCUCAACAUGAUUUGGCUUUUGCCAAAGGGCUGCUCCACAGUCUGAUGGGAGGUCCAUCCCCAGGGGGUCAGGGAGGCUCCAAUAUCACAAGGACCCAGCGUAGUGUUGAUGAACAACCACAAAACAUUGAGGAAGAGCUGUUUUUGAGUGUCGGUCCUGUGGUGAUGGAAAUGAUAAAAAAUGUCCCUGAGUUGGACAUGAUUGUCAGGGGCCUCCUGAGAGCUGGCUUCCAGUCCAUGAAGACAGCGACACUGGCUGUUGACACUGUCGAGGGUAUGAUGGAUCAUUUCUUGAACGAUGCUGGUCACAUCCAAAUGACUUAUCUUACUUUGCUGACAAACAAAACGGAGGCAGAUGUUUGGAUCAGUCGUCUCCUGGCCAGUGGGAUGGAUGUGAUUAUGAAGAGUUUGGCAUCUGAGCCUUCAUCAUGUGAGGACCUCCUGGCUCCCUUCGAGUGGCUGUUAUCAACCAAGAGCGUAGACAUUGAGGUGUGGCGAUCAAUCAUCUGCCAAAACGCAUCUAUUGCACAGCAGUCUCUACUGAUGGAGUGGCUGCCAUUGAUUCAGACGGGACAAGAGUUGUACAGCACUCUGACAAGCCAGGCAGACUACAAUGUCACACUUCCCAUGAUUCUCUCUGAGUGGCACAAGUUGUACAAUAACACUCAGAGGUUUGGAGUGUUUCUGAACAGACUGGCCACAGAGCUGGGUGAACAAUACUGGAUGAACUGGAUGACAGGCAACAGCACUUAUGAUGUUACUGGGACUCUUCAACAAAGUGUCUUGAUGUUCAUGGUGGAUUCUGGAGAAAAGAUUGAGAAUAGUCAACUGUGGCCCCAGGUAAAGAACUAUUUCCACAUGGCCUACUGGAUUUUGAACUACAGGCCUGGUGUCACAACUCAGCCAGCAAACUGUUCUGUAAACGUCAACACUUUAAACAUUCAUUGUGAUACUGGUUUGAACUGGCACCAGUUUGUUCAAGCAUUGGCUGAGGUGCUGAUGUCACCAAACGAAGACGUCGUGCUGAAUUGUCUCAGAGGAACAGUGAAUCUUUUGCAGUAUGUCUAUGGUGACACUUACAGAUAUUUGACAGCAUCAUAUUUGAAAAAAGAAAUCAAAGGUGGUGAUGCGCUCUCUGCAUACAUGAUUAACCUGAUGAAAAACCUGGAUGGAUUUGUUCAGAAUAUCUCCAGCCUUUCUGACCAAAACAUUGCUGAUGUCAUGCCUUCCCUCAUUGCCAGCCUGUUACAAUCCACAGGUCUGACACCACUGCAGCCUCUUCUCUUCAGCAACAGCCCCAUAGAUGCCGCCAAAGUUCUUGAUGUUGCCUCAAAGCUUGGCAGGCUUAACCAGCACAUUUUUACUUUCAAUGAGUCUGACCCAACAAUGCCUGAAUUGGAGCGGUUAAUAAUGCAGUUCCUCUCCUUGGAGGGUAACCUCACCUUGUCUAUUCCCCACAUCAUGGGUCACACUCUGCUCACGUAUUCUGACUACUUCCAUCCUGAUGAUGUGGCCCGUUUCAGAGAAGCCAUUCAACCUUUCACCAACCAAACCUCAGCAGGCAUUGUAGAGGCCAUCCUUAGUGCUAUGGAGCUACUGAAGACAGUGUUGGAUUCUCCAAAUGGUGACCCAACUAACAUCAUCAUUGGGUACAUACGCCAGCUUCAAGAAUUUGUGGUGUCUCUGUACAGACUGCGAAAAAUCGAACAUCAUGUGUUACCGAAUGGGCAGGUGAGCACAGCUCAAGUCACUGACCUCCACCUGCUGUCCAAAGAUUUUCUCAACCUCCUCACCCCUGAAGCCCUACAGAACCUCACUCAGGCUGGUCCGGAUGCUGCCCAGAACCUUGUUAUACAGAAAUUUGUAGCAUUCCUCCCACCUGAAGUCCAACAGGAAGCUGCUCUCUUUCUCCACGACUUCAAAACUCUGCAGGAUCAGAUGACCUCAUGUGCAACAGGCCAGGAUUGUUUGACCGGGAUUUCAGAAAUCUUCACAUUCACUGAUCAGAUAUUAGAUAUGAUGCUCUCAGCCAAUGGUAGUGUCACCAUCACACUAGCUUCACCCAACUCUGUUCUGGGGGGAAAGGAACGAAAUGAAAUUGCAUCAAUUUUCUUCUCACUCCUCCUGUCUCCAAGGGAUACUUCCAAUGUGGAAACAUUCAAACAGACCCUUCAUUUCAUCAGACAUGUCAUGGCAACACCAAAUAUUACUGUGUCUCAAAUCCAGAAUGCUCUGAGACAGUCAAACCUAACCCUUGAAGAGCUGAAUCACAUUGCUGCCAUAGUUGGUGCUGCCAACAUAAACGACCUCUUGGUGAAUAUAAUGGAGAUUGCCAAUGCUCGCAAGUGUUUUGAACCACAGCACAAUCAAACGGUGACAGCCCAGUGUGUUAUGGAACUGAUAAAUGGGGUCAGUGGUUUCCUGACACACAUACCCGCUCUCCAAAAUGAGACAGCCAUCCUCUCUUUCAUCCCAUUGAUCGUCAACAGAGCUAUCAGUGAUGUCAUCCAAGUUGACUUUAGCUCCAAUCCAAUGGCUCUCAUACAUGUCCUGAACAUCACCCUAGCCAAUAUCAAGACGAACCUCCACCUAACACACCUGAACACUCCAGAGAUCAUGAAUGAAAUCAAAGUGAUGGAAGGCCUGUUAAAAGUAGCCACCAACUCUGAAACUUUGAACCGCAUCUUUGGCAUCAUCAAUGCCUCCUCGACAGAGAACCCCAUGGAAAUUCAGAAAGCAUACUUGGAGAUUGUAGAAUGGUACUUAAAAAAGCUGGAGAAUGUUACAAGCCAAAGUUCAUUCUCAGAUCUCCUCAAUCCCUUUUUCUCUCUCACACAAAUGCAAGUGACAUUACAGCUGGCACAGGCAGAUUUGAAUUUGUUUGUUGAGGACCAGGUUGAUAAUCUUAUUAGCAACCUUCAGUACCCAAUAGAUGGUGCAGGGGUGAUUCAAAUUGGCCAAACAACAGUUGAGAUUCUCCAGGGUGUACUUGAAAACAUAAAGUCAAACCUUCUAGUUCAGAAUGACAUUGCCCAAAGCCUUGGUUCAGAGCCGAUAAUCAACACAACCCUUGUGCAUGCUGCUGAGUUUCAAAUUAAGCUAUACCUCAACCUCAUACAGCAGUGGAUGAAACAACCCAAUGUCACAUCAGUCCUCACUAGUAUGCUCCAAUGGGGAAACUCCUCCAUGAACAUCUCCACCCCUGUAACAGACAUCCACCACCUGCUGAAGACGAUGGUUCAUUUUUUCAAUGAUGAUCAACUGACCUACCUCUCUAUCAUUGGCAACAUCACCCAGUCCCUCAGCAAAGCCCUGAUGGUGGCAGAGCAACCAGGUGGCUUACAGAGUGACCACUUCUUAGCUGCUAUCUUAGAAGCACUCCAAAAUGCUAUGCAGAUCCUGACUGCAUCCACAGGCCCCCUGCCACUUUCUGCACAGCAAAACAUCCAGGAAAUAGUGCAAGAUUCACUAAAACUCAUCCUCCAACCAGACUUGAGCUUUGCCUCAUCAGUUAACAUCUCUCUCCUCAUCCUCAAGAGAGCUGAGAUUGUCAUUCAACAGAUAGUACCAGAGAUGUUCGCUGAAUAUCUGCUUUCUGGAAUUAAAGUCGUGACUGCUUAUUUUGAGAACAUCUCCACAGCCAGUGGACAAGACAACUGGAAUCAGAUGAUUGUGAAUCAGAUGAAGACAGUCCAAAGCCUCCUGCCACCCAACAGCACAGCCCAGAACUAUGUUUCUGCCCUCAUUAACAUCACUCACUUCAUCUUGGAGUCUGGCCAAGGCAACAUGAGUCUCUGGGCAAGUUUUCAGGAUGCAUCAGGAGAAAAUUUACCAGCGAUUAUUGGCCAGAUGAGCAAACUCCUGAGCAUGCUUUGGCCACUUGUUAUGGGAGGCCCAGGCUCACAUACAACAGCUCCAUCACUGGAGAGCUUCUCUCAUAUUGUUCCUGUCCUGGAACAGGUGAUGACUGGAAAGGCAGACCAAGAAACCUGGGACAAGCUUGAAAAGAUGCUGAAGUCCAUACUGUCAACCCUUGAAGGAACUGAGCUAUGGGACAAUGCCACAUCUGUUGUCCCACUAAUUGAAAAAAUCAUAGGAAGUUUGGUGAACAACAUACAAGCAGAGAACGCAUUGAUACUAAGCCUUCAAAUUCCUGUGAUGACCCUGAUGAAAGAUAUCGCACAGUCUGUGAAUACCAGUCAUUUUGUCAUGUCUGAGGUCUCGGAAAAAAUGCAGCACGCGAUUGAACGCACGUUGCAGGUGGUCCAACAGGCUAAUGGUACAUUGGAGUGCAGUGAAGUUCUCAAAGCAUGGGAGCCAGUAAGAGAGGCAGCCGGUUUAAACAACAACACCAUGGCUAUGUGGUGCAACAUCAGUCUGCAGCCUGUUCUAGACGCUUACACUGCAUCCCAGACUGUCUACAUGAACAUGAGUCUCACAAAUGUUGGACCAGUGACUGCGAGCACCACAGCUGCCAAGAUUGUCAAGUCUGUAAAGUCAUUCUACCAAGUCAACAUCAACCGCACACUUGUGACCGAGCAGUUCAUCAUGGCUUUCUGCAACCAGUUCAGUGGACUGGCAGGCCAGCCUCUCAGCCCUGAGGCACAGCUUUACUGGUACAAGCAGUUUCAAGACAUGCAGCUGCAAAACAGUUUGUCUUCCAUCAAGUUGCUCUCAGAUGAGCUGCUAAAGGCGGCCCCCUUCCUCCAUCCAUAUAUUGAGGGUGUAGAGAAAGCACUGAGCCACAUCCUGAAAAACUACCACCUCAUUCAAAACAGCAGCUCAUCCCAGGACCUCUUCACAGAGGCAGCAAUGAUCCUCCUAUCCUCUGCAAACAUCACCUCGGAUAACAUCUUCUCCAUGAUGUGGGGAGAUUUUUCUGGGCUCAAUGAGACAUCGCUUGUGGACAUGAUGAGGGAAGCUGUUAAACUGAUGAUCAACUUGAAGGUAUUCGGGGACGCGCCUAUGGUUUACCAAGCCUUGGAACAAUUUCUUGCGUCUAACGACACAAGACUGAUUGUGGAGAAGGUGGCCGAGAUGUCUGCAUGGUUGGCCUCCACUAAUGCGUCUGGACUGGACCUGUUGACUCAGGCUCUGCCAAAAAUAUAUGAAAUCAUCAGUUCCAUCCUGACCCAGACAAGUACGGACAUGGGGUUGUACGAAGACCUAGCUGGAAACAUAAUUGCAAUGUUGAGGCAACUGGUAAGCACUGGUGGUCUUCUGCCCCACAUGGACCACCACGUGAGUAUGUUUCAGUCGGCAAUGACAAGCAGUAACCAUAUGGCGAAGAUCCGACACAGACGUGAGGCCCCAAUGAUGCCCAUAAGAGACCCCAUGGAUGAUUUCAUAGACCUGUUCUACAUUGACUACCCAGCAAUGUUCAAAGCCAUCUCUGUCCCUCCUGUCACAGAGGAAAUUAUAGACACAGCCCAUGUGUUCUUCGCCAAUCCUGAUCUGAGUAUUGUGAUGAAGGGCGCUACAAGAGACCUGCCGUGGGGCUUGAAUACAUCUCGGGAAGAGACCAUUGAUGCUGCUCUUGGAGUGCUCUCCUACCUCACCCUUCCUGGCCUGUUUCAGAUGUCAUCAAUGGAUCACUUGAAGAAUGCUGUUGGUAUGCUUCCUGAUGGCUUUCCAUUCUCCAUGGUACUUAAAAAUAUCACCAGAGCGCUUGCCAGUGAACCUCAAGAAAACCUGAUCCUCAUGCAACAGACCAUUGAGACAGCUGCUAACCUCUUCCAGACCAACCUGACAAGUCUCAAAGAGCAACUUGGCCACCUGACAUCCCAGGUGUGCGCCGUGGAGAAAACGGAGACUGUGCGUGUGCUGAUGUGGAGCUUAUCCAUAGAGCCUGGUCAACUGUGUCAAACUUUCCUACCCAGCCUGCAGCUCUUGCUUGAGAGCUUGAUGAUGAACACGACUGCUAUGUCUGAUGCCAUCUUCCAGACCGUCAUUGGAGACCCCAGCACCUAUGAUGUCCAUCCAACCUGGACUUCUGUCAUAAGUCGAAGUUUGGGCUUUAACACCAGCAGCCUGAGCUCUCUCAGCAUUAACAUCACGUCUCCAGUGGUGCUGUUUGGUGAGUUGCUGAGGAAUAAAACGGCCUUUGUUCUGGACGUUCAAAAGCACAUGGAUUUUGAUCCAACUGCUCUUACGCUGCUGAUGGCGUCGCCACUACCAAACAACAAUUUACAGAUCCUAUCAUGGUUAGUCAACCUGCGUAACUGCGAUUGUAAAGCAGCUGUGAACAUGACACCGACGGAUGCGAUCAUCUUCAAGACCUUCUGCUCCAUGUCUGUCGAGGAGUGGUACACCUGGUCACUGCUGAUGGCUGAACAUCUGAACACGGAAAAACUCAUCUACAAACUGGUAUUGACUGAAGACAUGCAGAGCCUGGUGGGUGUCAUGCUUGAGAUGGCUAACAUGUUAACCAACAUGAUGGACAAGAUGCUUCCUGCUGUUCAGCAACUGCAAAGCUACAUGGUCUCCAUCAAAGACCUCAACCUGGUAGCCAACAACGAAUUUAAACAAAUGACAAGAGGACAGAGGGCACACAUCUCAAGCAAAGCUACAUUCGUCACCCUCUCUCGAGCGCUGUGCAGUAACGGUAUCCUGGCUCUGUUUGGAAUCUCCAAAUUUCCCAUCAAAUCGGAAAACCAUUCCCUGCAUGACAACCCCCAGAGGGAGGAGAUGAUCGAUAGGUUCAAGAUUCCUAGAGAUGCCUCUCCUUUUUGUAUGAACAUGUACCUGGACAUGGUUAACACCACAGGAGGAGCCAUCGCCUGGGCCUUCCUCAAACCAAUGCUGAUGGGUGAAAUCCUCUUCACCCCUGACACACCAAUCACCAGGGAUAUAAUGCAGAAGGCCAAUAGCACAUUGCAGGAGUUUGCAAAUCUGAGGCAGUACUCCAAGAAAUGGAUUGAAUCCUCCAACUACAUCAUAAAGUCUGCCGAAAUACUAAGCCACACGUUGCCAAUGCUGCAGAAUUCCCUCGGCAAUGCCUUUGUGAAGAAUUUCAUUGAGAUGCAGACAGACAUCAAUGUCGACAGUAUGAAGGAGACGCUCACCAACUUCUCUAACAUGACAGUGAUGCUGGGGAAGAACAGACAUGUGCUGAAUCAGAUCACCACCUUGUCCACCCUGAUGAUGAACCUCUCCUCCUGUGUCAAAUUUGACCGCUAUCGUGGCUAUGACAGUCCUGAAGAACUCGACACUGUGGCUCAGGACCUCGCCAAGAACCGUAAUCUCUAUGCAAGUGUCGUCUUCAAGCUUCCCAAAGAUAACAACUCAUCCAGGAAGGCAAGGUCCUCCUCCUCCACGUCCUCCCUGCCUCCCAAGAUCAGCUACACUAUCCGCAUGCAUAUGGACAAUGUCAUGCGCACUGACCGGGUCCGUGACCCCUACUUUGUGAAGGAUUCACACAUCUCUGCCAGGCAGACGCUGCGCUACAACCGGGGCUUUGUGUACCUGCAGGAAAACAUUGAUCGGGCUAUCAUUGAGCUCCAGACUGGACAGAAAGUCACAGACCCAGCCGUCCAGCUUCAGCCCUUCCCCUAUCCAUGCCAUCAACGCGAUGAGUAUCUGGAGGCCAUCUCUUUUGUCUUCCCACUCAUGCUGAUGAUCGCCUGGGUUCUGUUUGUGGCUGAUUUUGUGAAGAAACUGGUUCAUGAGAGAGAGCUGAGGCUGCAUGAGUACAUGAAGAUGAUGGGAGUCAGCCCGGUCAGCCACUUCUUUGCCUGGUUCUUGGAGUGCACUGCUUUCCUAGUAUUCACCGUCUUCAUCAUCACACUGGUGCUGAAGUACGGCGGCAUCCUCUCACACAGCGACGGCUUCCUCCUUUUCUUGUACCUCUGUGACUACAGUUUGAGCAUCCUGGCCUUCAGUUACCUGGUCAGCUCCUUCUUUGACAAGACCUACAUUGCUGGUCUCAGUGGCAGCCUCCUUUACAUCCUCUUCUUUUUCCCCUUCAUUGUGGUCAUGGCCCUGGAGACCAAUCUCUCCUUUGCCCAGAAGAGCGGCUUGAGUUUAUUCUCCCCGACCUGUUUCAGUUACGCCAGUCAAUAUGUCUCUCGCUACGAGUCCCAAGGAGAAGGAAUUCAGUGGAGCAACUCAUACAAGUCGCCCAUAGCUGGAGACACGGCCUCAUUCGGUUGGCUGUGCUGGCUGAUGCUCAUUGACUCCAUCUUCUACUUCAUGAUCGGGGGUUACAUUCGUAUGGUCUUCCCAGGGCAAUAUGGCAUCGCAGCACCCUGGUACUUCCCCUUCACAACCUCCUUUUGGUCUGACGUGUGCUGCUGCUUUAAGUCACAGAACAAAGGAGGCAAAGGACGCCUAUUCACCAACAUCAUGCAUAAAAACCAGCCUGUCCUCUCUGAUGACAAGGAAAAAGGCAAGAACACUCUUUCCAGCCAGGCAGGAGAGGAUUUCUCAGAGCUCCGAGAAGGCGUCGCCCUCCAUGGUCUCAGCAAGAUCUAUGGCGACCACAUAGCCAUUCAAAACCUUAAUGUUUCUUUCUACGAGGGCCAGGUCACUUCACUGCUUGGUCACAAUGGAGCUGGCAAGACCACCACCAUGUCUCUCCUGACUGGCCUAUUCGCCCCAUCAUCCGGCACUAUUGAAGUGUAUGGCAGAGACAUGCUGACAAACAUGGACGACAUUCGGAAGGAGCUGGGUGUCUGCAUGCAAUACGAUGUCCUCUUUGACCACAUGACAACCAAAGAGCAUCUGCUGCUGUAUGGUCAGAUCAAGGCCCCGCACUGGUCACACAGGGAACUGCACGAGCAAGUCAGAACGAUCCUAGAGGAGACAGACAUGCAUGCUCACAGACACAAGCGGGUGGGCACCCUGUCGGGUGGCAUGAGGCGCAAGCUGUCAAUCUCCAUCGCCUUCAUAGGGGGUUCCCGCAUGGUGGUUCUGGAUGAACCCACCACAGGAGUCGAUCCCUGCUCCAGGCGCAGCAUCUGGGACAUUGUUAUCCAGCAUAAAAAACAACGCACUAUCAUCAUGUCCACUCACCACCUGGAUGAGGCUGAAGUUCUGAGUGACCGCAUAGCCUUCCUGGAGAAAGGAGGAUUAAAAUGCUGUGGAUCCCCCUUCUACCUGAAAGACAAGCUGGGUCAAGGCUACAAACUCACGCUCACCAAGAAGGUGCAGAAUGUAGAAUCUGAGCAGCUUGAUAAUGCUGACCUGAAGAACUUUGUCCAAGCCCAUGUACCUGAAGCGCGACUGAAGGAGGCCCAGGGGGGCGACCUGGUCUACUCACUGCCCCCGUUCACCUCAUCCAACGCUUCCUCAUACCGCUCCCUCAUGACUGCACUGGACGCCAACCUGGAUUCACUGCAGCUCGGGGGCUAUGGCAUCUCUGAUACCACACUAGAGGAGGUGUUCCUCCAGUUGACUCAAGGAAACACAGAACCCGGAGAUGAAGACAAACCCCUGUCAGUCUCAGAAACAGUGUCUGACACCACAUCCAUAGACAGUUUCCCUUCAGACGCCAAUGGGAGCAUCUCCAGCUUUGGUGACCAGAGCAAGCUCACUGGUUCGUCCGUGGUACGCGGCAUGGCUCUGGCCUGGCAGCAGAUGAUAGCCAUACUGAUCAAGAGGUUCCACCACAGCCGUAGAGAUUGGAAGGGCCUGAUCUCCCAGAUCCUGCUCCCUGUCCUGUUCGUGAUGUUUGCCAUGGGCUUGGGUUCCAUCAAGAACGACCUGCAGAACUAUCCUGAGUUGGAGCUCAGCCCUGCACUCUACAACAUCGGACCAAGCUACUCUUUCUUCCGUAACAAGAAUCCAGACUCCAGCCGACUGGUGGACACCAUGAUGUCAUUCCCGGGAAUCGAUAACGACUGCCUCCACAAGUCCAGUAACCCGGUCUGCACAAGAAGCACAAACAACUGGAGAUCCAGCGGGAACAGCUCCAAACCAUUUAGUAUCUGUAAAUGCACCAAGCAGAAACAGGUUUGUGAUGAGCCCAGCUUCCAGCCACCCCAUAAGAAGAUCCCCUCCUCCCAGAUUGUGUAUAACCUAAGUGGUAUCAAUGUGGAGGACUACCUGGUGGUCACAGCAAAUGACUUCAUAAGGAACAGGUAUGGUGGGUUUGACUUUGGUAUGCAGCUCCCUCCUGACUUACAAAUGGAUCUUACAGCAGUGCCCAAAAACCGUACGCUAUCUAAGGUCUGGUUCAACCCUGAGGGCCACCACACAAUGCCAGCCUACUUAAACAGCCUCAACAACAUCAUCCUACGCUCUAAGCUUCCAGCACACAAGGAUCCACGUAAAUACGCCAUUUCAGUUUCCAGUCACCCCUACUUUGGCCGGGCGGAUGAUGAAGAUUCAAUCGUCCAGGGAAUGCUCCAGAUCCUUGUGGCUAUGUGUGUGCUGACAGGUUAUUCAAUCACAACAGCCAGCUUUGCCAUCUAUGAAGUCAACGAGCACCACAGCGGCUCCAAGAGGCUCCAGCACAUAGCUGGCAUCAGUGAGCCCUUCUACUGGGCUGUUAACUUCUUUUAUGACAUGGUCGUCUAUAUGAUUCCUGUCACUCUGACUGUCGGGGUGAUUGCAGCCUUCCAGCUUCCAACAUUCACAGAUCGUCAAAAUCUGGCCGCUAUCGCCCUGCUUCUGGUGCUCUUUGGGUUUGCUACCUUCCCCUGGAUGUAUCUCUUGUCAGGUAUCUUCAAGGAUGGAGAGAUGGCUUUCAUCAUCUAUGUGUGCAUCAACCUCUUCAUCAGUGUCAACACCAUCAUAUCCACCUCCAUCCUCUACUUUCUGAGUCAAAUUUCAAGGCACCACCCUGAGACCAUCCUGGCCACUUUUGAACAGCUGAGCUACGCCUUCCUAAUCUUCCCCCAGUUUAACUUUGGAAAUGGGCUGAUGAAACUGGCCCGCAUGAACAUAAAGGUCCAGCUCCUCAGUGGCUAUGGCAUUGAUGCCUAUGAGAACCCAUUCUCCGUAGACGGCCUCGGCUGGAUGUUCAUCGCCUCCUUCAUCCAAGGCGUGGUCUUCUUCACCCUGCGCCUCCUGCUCAACAAGUUUCUCAUGCGCAAAGUCAGGCAUUUCAUAUUGGGUAGAAAGACGGUGCCCCGGGUGGCUCGUGAGGAUGAGGAUGAGGAUGUAGCAAAUGAGCACCUACGGGUGUCCACUGGAGCAGCAAGUUCAGACAUUCUGCAGGUCAACCAGCUCACUAAGGUUUAUCAGCACCUCAACAAGAAGGUCUACGCUGUCAAGAGACUCUCUGUGGGCAUUCCUGCAGGAGAGUGCUUUGGUCUGUUGGGGGUGAAUGGAGCAGGAAAAACAACCACCUUCAAGAUGCUGACUGGAGAUGUUAGCCCCACUGAUGGCACAGCACAGAUCAAGGACUGGGAUGGGCGGCUGGUAGACAUCAUGGAGUGCCGUAACGAGGGAAUUAACAUCGGCUAUUGUCCCCAGGUGGAUGCACUGGACAGUCUACUCACUGGAGAAGAGCACUUGUACUUCUACGCUCGCAUUCGUGGCAUCUCAAAGAACGAGAUAGACAAGGUGGUGAACUACUUACUGAAGAGGCUGCAGCUGAACUACCAUAGAAACGUCAUCACUGAUGGAUACAGUUGUGGCACCCGCAGGAAACUCUCCACAGCACUGGCUCUCGUUGGACAUCCACAAAUCUUGCUCCUGGAUGAGCCAAGCUCUGGCAUGGACCCUCGCACCAAGCGACACCUCUGGAGAAUCAUCUCUGAAGAAGUGAAAGGAAAAUGUGCCGUGGUCCUCACCUCUCACAGCAUGGAGGAGUGUGAGGCACUGUGCAGCCGUCUUGCCAUCAUGGUGAAAGGUCAAUUCCGUUGCCUGGGCUCCCUGCAGCACAUUAAGAACAGGUUCGGCAGCGGGUUCACUGUGAAGAUGUACUUGGCCAACGCUGUCGGUGAUGCAGAGGCAAUCACUGGCUUCAUGCAGCGCCGAUUCCCCAGCACUUAUCUCAAGGACCAGCACUCAAAUAUGGUGGAAUACCAUGUUCCAGUUGCACCAGGAGGGGUGGCUGACAUCUUCGACCAGUUGGAGUCCAACAAGAAUGCUCUGCAGAUUAAACACUUCUCUGUGAGCCAGACCACACUGGACGAGGUCUUCAUAAACUUCGCCUUGGGGAACACUGGCAUGGAAACCAUACCAAUUCACAGUGAGGAAGACUGCGACGACUUGGGCUCGAUUAAGGCAGUACAAACGUAG